CCCCUAUGUACUUUUUGCCUGUAAUGUCUUUUGGAUCAAUUUCAGUAACUAUGCUUAAGAACUGUUUUUCUUCUCCCUGUCUUUGAACAGGUUGCCUUCAUGCACCUUAAGGAGCAACAAUUAAUAAAUCAGACGUCUCUAUCAGAAUUUAUUCUCUUGGAAUUCUUUACUGUUCGGAAACUGCAGAUUCUACAUUUCAUUGCAUUCCUCAUCUUCUUCCUGGCAGCAGCUGCAGGGAAUCUCCUUAUCGUUGCUGCAGUAGCAUCUGACUACCAUCUACACACCCCCAUGUACUUUUUUCUGAUGAACUUGGCCAUACAGGACAUGGGACAAGUUUCAGUCAUUAUUCCCUUAUCCAUGGCUAACUCCCUUAUGAACGACAGGCGUAUUUCUUAUUCUGGGUGUGUUGCUCAAGUCCUUUUCUAUAUCUUCUUUUUAUCAUCUGAUUUCUUUCUUCUCACAGUCAUGGCGUAUGAUCGGUAUGUUGCCAUUUGCAAUCCAUUACAAUAUGAGAUGGUAAUGAACAGGCAAGCCUGCUUUCAGAUGGUAACUACUGUAUGGAUCGGCAGCUUAUGCUAUGGGAUUUUACACACUGUCGGUACCUUUACACCCCACUUUUGCUCCAAUGUUGUCAAUCAGUUUUUCUGUGAAAUCCCACAGUUACUUAAGCUUACUUGCUCCGAUUUAUACCUUUUUGAAAUUGGAGUAGUUUUGUUAGGUGUUAUUGUUGGGGUAGGAUGCUUUAUUUUUAUUGUAGUAACCUAUGUGCAUAUCUUCACAGCAGUGCUGAGAAUCCCUUCUGCACAGGGAAGGGAAAAGGUUUUCUCAACUUGCCUUCCCCAUCUCAUCAUUUUCUCCAUAUUUAUAUUCACCGGAGGUUUUUCCUAUCUCAGGGCCACCUCCGCUUCUCCAUCAUCUUUUGAUUUGGCCUUAACCAUGGUCUAUUCCAUGGUUCCACCCUUAAUGAAUCCUGUAAUCUAUGCAAUGAGGAACAAAGAUAUAAAAAAUGCUCUGUCUAAGAUAUUAUCACUUAGGUACUUUUCUAAAUAUUUCUUCCCCAGUCUUUCAGCACAGAUAGUGGAUAAUUUAAAUAAAUGUAGUUAA